GAUGUUGUUGGUCCGUGUUUGAGACCUGCUUCUUUCUUUUCUCGAAUGACCGUGCUUGAGAGUGGUUGUUUCACUUUGAAAUAAUCCAUUUGCAUCAAUUAUCUGUUGAUAAAAAAAUUGUCAAAAAUGACUGAAACUCUUCAAUUGAGAGGCACUUUACGCGGUCACAAUGGAUGGGUCACUCAAAUUGCUACCAAUCCUAAAUAUUCGGACUUGAUUUUGUCGGCUUCUCGUGAUAAGACAUUGAUAGUCUGGAAGUUGACUCGCGAUGAAGCAAACUAUGGUAUCCCACAAAAGCGCCUUUACGGUCACUCACACUUCAUUAGCGACGUAGUAUUGUCUUCCGAUGGCAACUACGCUCUGUCCGGUUCCUGGGACAAAACCUUGCGACUCUGGGAUUUGGCUGCAGGUCGCACCACCAGAAGAUUCGAGGACCAUACCAAGGAUGUUCUGAGCGUCGCCUUUUCCGUCGACAACCGUCAAAUUGUCUCUGGAUCGCGAGACAAGACCAUCAAGUUGUGGAAUACCUUGGCCGAAUGCAAGUACACUAUCCAAGAUGACGGUCACAGUGAUUGGGUCAGUUGUGUGCGAUUCUCCCCGAAUCACUCAAACCCCAUUAUUGUGUCUGCUGGAUGGGAUCGUGUUGUCAAGGUGUGGAAUUUAACCAACUGCAGACUAAAGAUCAACCACAAUGGCCAUUCCGGUUACUUGAACACUGUAACAGUCUCGCCAGAUGGUUCUCUCUGUGCAUCAGGAGGCAAAGACUGCAAGGCAAUGCUGUGGGAUUUGAAUGACGGAAAACACUUGCACACUUUGGACCACAACGACAUCAUUACUGCCUUGUGCUUCAGUCCCAAUCGCUACUGGUUGUGCGCUGCUUUCGGACCGUACAUUAAAAUUUGGGAUCUCGAGAGCAAAGAAAUGGUUGAAGAGUUGAAACCAGAAAUCGUUACUGCUACCAGUAAAGCUGAACCCCCACAGUGUUUGUCCCUUGCCUGGUCUACAGAUGGCCAAACACUUUUUGCUGGUUACUCUGAUAAUACGAUCAGAGUAUGGCAAGUUUCUGUAUCUACCCGCUAGAUACUUUUGUAUAAGAUUUAAAACAAUAAAAUUUUUCACUUCGAAAUGAA